AUGCACUGGCAUCCAGCAGGUUCCCAGAAAGCUACAACUGCAACUGCAUCUGCAAAUGCAGAAUCUACUAAUACUGCAAAUAAAUCUGCUACUGCAACAACAUAUAAACUUGCAACUGCCUAUGCAACAGCUACUAAAAAUUCUAGAGCAAAAGCAGCUGCGAUUGCUACUACUUCUGCAACAGCACAUAAACUUACACAUGCACAUGCUUUAGGCACUGCAACUGCAACAGCACAUGCUUUAAGCACUGCAACUUCAACUGCAAAUGCACUUGCAACUACAAACGCAAAUGCAUUUGCCUCACCCAUUGCACAUGUUACGGCAUCUGCUACUACUACAGCACAUACUGCAAAUGCUUAUAAAACUACAUCUGCAAAUGCAAAUACAACUAUAACUGAAAAGGCAAAUAAAGCUGCAGAUGCAACUGCUACUGCACAUGCUACUGAAACUCUAACUGUAACUGCAAGUGUACAUGCUACUGCAACUGAUGGUGCAGCUGCACAGCAUAUUUUACUGCAAAAUCACCAGCAACUACAAUUGCAAAUGUUACUACAACAGCUCAUGCAUAUGAAGCUUUAA